AAAAAAAAAAAGAAGAAAAAACAACAAUGUCUCAUGGUUUCUUGCCAAAUGAGUUUCAAAAGUCAGAUAAGAUCGAUGAAGUGAUCGGUCUCGAUCUUACGCUUUCCGCCAUGGGCAUGACUUUCUGUUCUCACCGUUUUAUGCCUUUAAUUGUGGACAACGAUGAUAAUAACUGGAGCCGCCGGUUUUUUGAAGAAGAAACCAGAGAUAAUAAGAGGCUGAAACGAACUAUUAACGGCGGAAACAGCGACGGCGGGAUGAGCAGGAACGGCAGCAAUGGUAGUUUGAGUAGUUUGUCAAGUCUUCAUUUCAGAGACCAUAUAUUGACUUACAGUAAAAGAUACCUUGCUGCUGAGGCAGUAGAAGAGGCGGCGGCUGCUGCGGCAGCGAUGGCAGCCGGUUAUGAAGAAAAUGGAAUCGAAGAAGACGAAACGGCAUACGGGAUGAGGCUAGUUCAGCUUCUCAUCGCUUGUGCCGAAGCGGUGGCUUGCCGCGACAAGUCCCAUGCCUCGGCGUUACUAUCGGAGCUUCGCGCCAAUGCCUUAGUGUUCGGCUCGUCGUUCCAGAGGGUGGCGUCGUGUUUCGUUCAAGGAUUGGCGGACCGUCUCGCUUCGGUUCAACCACCAGGGACGGCGGUCGGCCGUGUCCAGCUGCCGCCGGUAAUGAACAUAAUGGACAUCAUGUCGGAUUCCGACAAGAAACAAGAAGCUUUCCGCCUUGUUUACGAGAUUUGCCCGCACAUAAAAUUCGGUCACUUCGUAGCUAAUUUAGCUAUAUUGGAAGCCUUUGAGGGAGAGAGUUUGGUCCACGUAGUGGACCUAGGGAUGACCCUUGGUUUACCACAAGGUCACCAAUGGCGUCACCUUAUUCAAAGCCUCGCCGCCAUACGUGGCGGCGCUGGCAAACCACACUGUACACGUCUCCGUAUAACCGCCGUCGGUCUCUGCGUAGACCGAUUCGACGUUAUCGGAAAAGACCUUAAAACCUACGCAAAAUCCAUGGGAAUCAACCUGGAAUUCAACAUCGUCGAAAGCAAUUUAGAGAAUCUAAAGCCUGAAAAUAUCAAAGUUUCCGAUGAUGAAGUCCUUGUCGUUAACAGCAUUCUUCAACUUCAUUGCGUCGUUAAAGAAAGUAGGGGGGCUUUAAACUCAGUUCUUCAAAUGAUCCAUGAGCUUUCCCCUAAGCUUUUAGUACUCGUCGAGCAAGAUUCAAGCCAUAAUGGGCCUUUUUUUCUCGGAAGAUUCAUGGAAGCACUCCAUUAUUACUCUGCAAUCUUCGAUUCACUCGACGCAAUGUUACCCAAAUACGACACCAGGCGAGCCAAAAUGGAACAGUUUUACUUUGCCGAAGAGAUUAAGAACAUCGUGAGUUGCGAGGGAGCUGAUCGGGUCGAACGGCACGAGAGGGUCGACCAGUGGCGAAGACGAAUGAGCCGAGCAGGGUUCCAAGCUACACCAUUGAGGUUGAUGAGUCAAGCCAAGCAAUGGCUUGGGAACAAUAAGGUUUGCGAAGGUUAUACUGUUGUGGAAGAUAAAGGGUGUUUGGUUCUUGGUUGGAAUGCCAAGCCCAUUGUUGCAGUUUCUUGCUGGAAAUGCUAAGGAACAAGGACAAAAACACCAUGGAUGAGAGAUGCUCACUACUUGUUUGUUUAAAUUCCAAUAAGACAAUAUUUCCAGUAGUGAAAAUGGAAUGGUUAUUGUAAACCAUGUUUGUGAUUUUAUGCUUUUAAGAACUUUGUUGCAGAUGAAUGAACAGCUACGAUGGCUGUUGAAACUUGAACCUGUUCGCACUAUGAUUGAACAGAAUUGAAAUAAAGACAAAUAAAUGUGUGUUUUUG